UUCCCGCCCAAUCUGGCAACCCUGGCUGAACUGGUACAGACAGGGUUGCAAGAUUGGGUGGAAAAUCUGGCCCAAUCUGGCAACACCGCCGGGCUCCUCGACGCUGCUGCUCGGGGACCACAACACGGAGCGCAGCCGACGGAACGAGAGCGACAAGCCGGGUAUGAACUCCGCGACAAUCCGCUCCAAUCCUUCGUCCCCUAUGAACCUGUCUGACUGACAACCACCGGAACAUUAUCUCCACCCAUCAAGCUUUCUGAUAAACCUAAUAUCGGCUCCCCCUCGUCACCAUGGAGCUUCGAGUCGGGAACAAGUACCGCCUCGGGCGCAAGAUCGGGAGCGGCUCCUUCGGAGACAUCUACCUCGGGGCCAACAUCGCCACCGGGGAGGAGGUGGCCAUCAAGCUUGAGUGUGUGAAGACCAAGCAUCCACAGCUGCACAUCGAGAGCAAGUUCUACAAGAUGAUGCAGGGAGGAGUUGGCAUCCCGUCCAUAAAGUGGUGCGGGGCGGAGGGCGACUACAACGUGAUGGUGAUGGAGCUUCUCGGGCCCAGCCUGGAGGACCUCUUCAACUUCUGCUCCCGCAAGUUCAGCCUGAAGACAGUGCUGCUGCUGGCAGACCAGAUGAUCAGCCGCAUCGAGUACAUCCACUCCAAGAACUUCAUCCACCGCGACGUGAAGCCAGACAACUUCCUGAUGGGUCUCGGCAAGAAGGGCAACCUGGUGUACAUCAUCGACUUCGGCCUGGCCAAGAAGUACCGGGACGCCCGCACGCACCAGCACAUCCCCUACCGCGAGAACAAGAACCUGACGGGCACCGCGCGCUACGCCUCCAUCAACACCCACCUGGGCAUCGAGCAGUCCCGGCGUGACGACCUGGAGUCCCUGGGCUAUGUCCUCAUGUACUUCAACCUGGGCUCGCUGCCAUGGCAGGGCCUCAAGGCCGCCACCAAGAGGCAGAAAUACGAGCGCAUCAGCGAGAAGAAGAUGUCCACGCCCAUCGAGGUCCUCUGUAAAGGAUACCCAUCCGAGUUCUCCACCUACCUGAACUUCUGCCGCUCACUGCGCUUCGACGACAAACCCGACUACUCGUACCUGCGCCAGCUCUUCAGGAACCUGUUCCACCGCCAGGGCUUCUCCUACGACUACGUCUUCGACUGGAACAUGCUCAAAUUCGGUGCCAGCCGGACCGCCGAGGACGGUGAGCGGGAGCGCAGGACGGCGGAGGAGCGGGAUGACCGGGGGGCCCCGCCACGGGGGUCCGCCACCCGGGUCCUCCCCCCGGGGCCCAACCCUCCCCCCGCCAACAGAGUCCGGCACGCCGCCGAGCAGGCCCUGUCGAACCCGGCCUCGCGCGUCCUCCCAUCAGGCAACACGUCGCCGCGGGCCAUCUCGCGGGCGGAGCGGGAGAGGAAGGUGAGCAUGAGGCUCCACCGAGGGGCGCCCGCCAACCUGUCCUCCUCCGACCUCACGGCGCGCCACGACCCCUCCCGCAUCUCCACGUCACAGGUCAGCAUGCCGUACGAGCACAUGGGGAAGUGACGACCUCCGACCCCCUCGCGUUGUAAAUGAAACCUUAACAGGCCUCCAAGGACUCUGCUCGCUCCUCUGUUUUAGUUUUGAAACCUUUUUCAUUUUUCUUUCCUCUUCCUGGAUGACGUUUGAUUUGAAACAUAAUUUUGCCAUUAAGAGCGAUUUGAUCUUUUUCGGGAACGGACGGAAAAUCCGUAUUUGAAGAUCAAGUCCGAAGGGCCUCGGUAGCGGACCCCCAGGACCCCCAUCCCCCCCCCCCCCCCCCCCCCCCCCCCUCUUUGUCCGACUCCCUCAACAAGCAGUCCUAGACUCUGGUUCACAUCCACCGCCGCCACCCCUACAGAGAGGAACACUGGAUCUCUCGUUAACCACCCCAGGGUGACCCCCUCCCCGUCUCCCCCAUCACACCGUCUCACCACAGAGACCUGUCUGUCGGAUGUCACGUGUCGAUGACGUCAUCAGAGUAGCCACGGGCAGCCAAUCCCGGGCGAGAGCAUGUAUCUGGGCGGGGACAAGAUCUCCCGCUUUGCCGCCUUGGCCCGGAUUUUGUUUUUAUACUGUUUAAAAUUGCAUUUUUUUAAACAAACUGUGUGUAAUCUGUUAAACUUUUGUUUUAUAGAGUAGUAUGGGGGGAAGGUGGGGGUAUAUGUAGGGAGCCAGGUCUGUGAAUGAAACCUUAUUGGUGGAUGCACCCUUGUAGCGGAUUGGUUGGGUCUGGGUCAGGGCUUAGGAUAAGGUCGCUGUUGGGAGUGCACCAGUACACCAUACUGGUUCUGGACUGGGGGACGUAGCGGACGUAGCAAGAGAAGGUAGGGUGGUGUCGGAAAGGAAGAGUAAGUGGUCUUUAUUAGCUUUGGUGCCGUCGUGGUUUAUUGGUGAACUAGCGAUAGGUGCUCUAGCCAUUUACACACACACACACACGCCGACACACACAUGCAGACAUACACACCCAUACACAGACACACACGCACACAAUGUGCUGGAUAGGUGCGACUGAAGGUAAUACAAAAUAAAUAUUGUAAAGGCACACAACGCUUUUUAGCGAGGAGUCUUACUAUAUGUUGGAGUAAAUAAACAUUGUGACUGAAACUCACAUUUCAGCUACAUUUUAUCCGUUUCAAAAGGUGGUUCUCAAUGUCAGCUUUUCUCUGUAUUUUGGUUUCAUUCAGUUGGUGAAGAACGGCUUUUAAUUGUAAAAGAGGGGAGGGGUGGGGGGGGCGGAGCAGGGAGUUAAAUGUAGUUUUUUUUUUUCCUUUUUUCUUUUUUUACUUAACUGUAUAUAUUUUUUAAGUUGUGUAAAGCCAAACUGUGGUUGGUUGUUUUAAGAUGUGUGAAGUAGGAAACUGCACCGUGAAGUGCAGUAGCAUCAGGGCUGAGGACAUUGAUAUAGGGUAAGCCUCCUGGGUCCACCACGCUUACACUGCCCGCUGGGUCUCUACCAUAUAAUGUAUUUAUUUAACAUGUGUCAUUUGUCCGUAGAUCUAAACCUGUCAUUAAAUCCUGUCUCUUCUUUUAACAUGCCUGUAACGAUCGUGUUCACUGCUCUCAUCUCGCUCCACUAAUCUUCACGUUUGUCCACCUCGGAUGAUGAAAUAGGGGUUCUUAUAUUUCCCUUUCUUACAACCUUGUUCGUUCGCUUAUACUUUUUUUUACUUCCACGGUAGAUUUUUUUUGGUGAUGGUCUUAAACGCCCGGUUAACUCGAUGUCAUUUUAGAUUAAAACCAUAACGAUCCGUUAAAUGUGGUCCUGAGUCGCGGUAACGUCUGUUUCUGUCCAUCGACCCAGGGGGCAGUGUAACGGUUGUCAAUAGCAACUAGAAACGGUUAGGUGGGCACUGCGGGAAGUCAAUUUAUGUAUUGUGUACCGAUAUCUUGUACAGUUCUUUAACACACUUUAACUUUAUUUACAACAGUAUUUGUGUAUAUUUUAUGAAGUAAUAAAAUGAAUGAAAAAUA